AUGACCGAAUUCAAGAUUGAAUACCAAAUACGUCGGGAUAGCGAAGGCAAGGAAUCCGUGUACAAGGUCUACCUCCCUUCCACGUACAAAGGGUGGGCAAUUAAGGCCGAAAGGAAGGAUGCCGCCAGUCCUGGCGCAGAUGCAUUCCCAUCAGAGAUUCCUAUGGAAGCGGAGAAGCCAUCGAACGACCACCAGGAACCAUCAGCACAAGACUUUCAUGAUGGACCAGUACAAAAGUAUUCGCAUUGCCUGCGACGAAGGGGCGGCUCUGAGUAUCAACUUGAGCAGUUGACCAAACUCAAGGCGGUCAAUGGCGUCGUGUCGCCUUCCAGGGUAGAGCCCGGCCAGUCGCCAAUCAGAACUCAUUAUAGGCCAAGCAAAGACUACGCUCGGGUUGGGACUCGGCGAACUAACAUGCGCUGCCCCAUCUGCGGCGACUGGUUUCCUAGAAAGGAGAAUGUUUCAGGUCACUUCAUUCAUUGCGUUGCCAGGAAUGGGAACCCGCAGGGAUACUACUGGGACGGUGCGUUGAACGAUGAGCGUCGCAUUGGGAAGCAGAUAGCCGAGCUGUAUUGCAAGAGGGGCGGGGGAGGGGACCAGGAUACUGAGACCUCGACAGAUGACGGAGGUUCUGGUAAUGAUCCUCACACAAUCAGCUACGAGCCCUCGGAGCCCUGCAGCUACAGCCAACCCUCGGGUUCUCGCUCCCUGGCAGUGACGCCUUGCUUGCGCCACGACCGUAACGACUAUACUGGGGUAUCUCUCCCGACCCAGACUCGGACAGAACACGGCUAUGGAAAUCGUGUCUCUGAGUUGGUGGACGAAGAAGUGGAUGACAGGAAUAUUGCUAUCCCAAAAAAUAAUAAAGAGCGGCAAGCUAAGACACCCGCGAAUGCUACACAGGGUCCACCAUCAGAGCAGCUUCGAGACCCACAAGCGCAUAGACUUCCUUUGCGCUAUGACAACAUCAAGAGAGCAUGGGUCUCGACCACGCCUGAGACCGUGGAACAACGCAGGAGUGAAGCCAAUACUAUUAGAGCAAGCGGCUAUGAUAAUACCCAUGGUGACUUCGAUGCUAUCCAUCGAGUCUCGAAGACCGGGGUCCCUAUACAAUCAAGUCAGGUAUGCCACACCACAAGCAGCGCCUACACUAGUCCAACUCUCGGAGACCUCCGUGCUGGCAGGUCGACUGUGUCAUCCCCUGGUAAUGCGACGACUUCAUUGACUAGCCCAGUCGGCUAUCCAAAUCGACAACGCUAUUUGCAACCAAAGCCACAUCCCUCUUCGCUACCGUCAGGUGCGAAGAAACGCCGGAUACCCUCAGAAUUAUCGCCGCUGUCCCAAAGCUCAAAGCGUCAACGAAUGUUGUCAACACCCGUAUUGCCCUCUCAACAGGAAAAUCUGCUUCAACCGAAGACAGCGGCAGGUCCACGCAGCCAGCCUAAAGAGCGGGGACAUCAGCGUUCACCAACAAUCGUAGAAGGAUUAGCCCUGAGCUUGUCUAGAACCCGAUCAACUUCUGGCGAGAUGAUGGAAGAAAAUCAUGCCGGAGCGCGCCAGUCUAAAGGACUAGACCUGAGAAUGAAUACAGAGGCAGCUGAGUCUGCUGCUGUGCCAACUUCCGGAAUCGAGCCGACGCCUGGAGAUGAGCUCUGCGCGGACUCCAUUAAAAGCCACAAAGAGUUUCGCCGAGAACUUGACAUUCUGGCUCGUGAGAUUGACGCUGUUAACAAGCGAGCCGACACGGCCGAGCUACGGGUACGGAUAGCAGAGAACAUGGUUUAUCAGGCGAACAAUGCUGGUUUCGCGAAGUUGAAGAUGCAGGAAGAUACCUACAAGAAAGAAAACGAGAGACAGCAGCGAGCGUAUAAAUCUCUCAUGAUACGUUGCGAUGCGCUAGAGCUGAGCAUAAGUGGGAAGAAUCAGGAAAUAGAUGAGCUGAAAUGGGACUUAAAGCAUGAGCAGCAGAUGUCUGCGAUUGUGAGGAGUGAGCAUGCAAGGCGCCAUUGA